AUGCAGGAUCUCGACUGGCUGAGAACGGAGGCCGAGACUUCACAGUGGAGAAUCGGGGGCAUGGAUCUAGAAAAACAGACGACCGAGGUCGAGGUCGAGGCCGAAAUCGAGGCCAAGCAGGAUUCUAAUAUUGUGGAUUUCGACGGACCCGAUGAUACGGAGAACCCAUUCAACUGGCCCACAUGGAAGAAGGGACGCCAACUGGUCCUAAUGGCCUUUAACACAUUCAUUACUCCCUUAGCCUCAUCGAUGUUUACCCCAGGAAUCAGCUCGGUCAUGAAGGAGUUCCACUCCACAAGUAGUAUGAUCGGUUCUUUCGUCGUCUCCGUCUACAUUCUGGGGUACUGCUUCGGUCCCUUCCUGAUCGCACCACUCUCCGAGAUCUACGGCCGUGUUCCACUGUACCACGUCUGCAAUCUACUCUUCCUCGUCUUCACCAUCGCAUGCGCUGUCGCCCAGACUAUGCCGCAGCUGAUUGUGUUCCGCUUGCUGGCUGGUAUGGCAGGCGUCUGCCCUCUGACCAUCGGCUCCGGCACUGUCGCCGACAUGGUCCCCAAGGAGAAGCGCGCGGGUAUCAUGGCCAUUUGGGCAAUGGGUCCCAUUCUCGGUCCAGUCAUCGGCCCCGUCGCGGGCGGCUUUUUGGCCGAAGCGGAGGGCUGGCGAUGGGUGUUCUGGGUGAUCGCUAUUGCAACCGGGGUCAUGAUGAUCUUGACCAUCAUCUGGUAUCGUGAAUCCUACGCUCCUGUGGUGCUCGAGCGCAAAGCCGCUCGUCUGCGCAAAGCCACCGGUAACCCCAAUCUCCGGUCCAUCCAUGAUAAAGGCAUAGUUGGCACGCAGGUGUUUGCGACAGCAUUGAUCCGCCCAGUGAAGCUGCUCUUCUGCUCCCCGAUUGUCUCCCUCAUGGCGAUGUACGCCGCCAUCACUUACGGCUAUCUCUACUUGAUGUUCACCACAAUCACCUCCAUUUUCACAACCAAAUACGGCUUCUCCGGCGGUGUUGCUGGCCUCUCGUUCCUGGGCUUCGGUAUCGGCAGUUUUCUGGGUCUGGUCGUCACCGGUGCUGCUGCCAACCGCAUCGCUCAGGAUCAUGUGAAACGAGGCUGCUUUACACCCGAAUCUCGACUGUUGCCCAUGCUGGUCGGCUGCUGGUUCUUGCCCGUGGGCUUGUUCUGGUAUGGCUGGUCGGCUCAGGCGAAUGUCCACUGGAUUGUGCCCAUCCUAGGAACCAGCGUCUUCGCCAUCGGCCUGAUGGCUAUCUUCAUGUCCGCCAGUACCUAUCUGGUCGACUCGUAUCUGCGCUAUGCGGCAUCCGUCACUGCCGCUAACACGGCACUGCGAUCGCUGGUCGGUGCCCUUCUGCCACUGGCUGGACCCUCGAUGUAUGACGCUCUGGGUCUGGGAUGGGGUAAUUCUCUUCUGGCAUUCAUCUCCCUGGGGAUGUGUGCUGUGCCGUUCGUCUUCUGGAAGUAUGGAGCCAGGAUUCGCACUCACCCGCGGUUCCAGAUGAAGCUUUGA